AUGGACAGCUUUAUGAAGCCGUUUUGUUUGGGCUCUUGGUCUUUUUCUGGCAUACUGGGAAACAUCUUGGUCAUCCAUGUGGUAAGAAAACACAACAUUUUGAUUGUUAAAUGUGUUUGGGGUAGGAUUGUUCUCACUUUGUCUUGUUUUUACUGUCAGGUGCUUCAGUCAGCCAUCCAGAGUCCAUCUCGGAGACUUCCUCCCUCCGACACUAUUUUGGUGCAUCUGUCAACUAGCCAAUUGCUGACCUCACUUUUUCCGCACGGUGCCUAUUUCAUGUCCGACCUGGGUUUGAAUGUGUCUCUGUCUCCGGGAUGGUGCAGAGUCUUCAUGCUGCUUUGGGUGUGGGCGAGCUGUGGGUUGUGGGUUACUCUAGCGCUUAGUCUUUUUCACUGCACCACCCUGAGGCGACAACAUCUGACCUUUGGACCUCUGGCACUGCAGAGGGAAAGGCGGCGGGUCUGGAUUGUUCUGGGGCUGGUUUGGGCAAACCUGGCCUUCUCUAUCCCGGCACUGGUGUACAGCACACAUGUUCAUGGCAACGCCACUGUGGAGCUCAUGGUGAUCAGCUGCACCACCAGGCCUCUGCUCGGCUGUAUCUGGGAGUUUCCCACCAUCGAGCGCUCUGCCUUCGCCUCCACUUCACUGGCUUUAAAUGAGGUUCUGCCGCUGGUGCUGAUGGUUUGCACCAACUUGCCCAUGCAUGCUCUGGCCAAGCACAUCCGAGCUGUUCUGCAGGAGGGGAGUUCAGGAGGAACCCAUGGAGAGCUGGACAAGCAUGUAUCCACUGAACGUAAGGCGGCUCAUGUAAUCAUGUCCCUGGUGUCGCUCUUUGUGGUCUGCUGGGCGCUGCAGGUUGCUGCGGUAACAUACUACAACCGACGGGGCCAUCACGCUGAAGGGCUGCUGACUGUAGCCCAUUUCUCUGCUUCCCUGUUUGUAGGAUUCAGUCCAUUGGUGGUGGCACUGGGACACGGUAAGCUCAGGAGGAAGAUUUCCAGUAUGAUACUGGGGUGGACUAAAGUUCUUAAAUGUCACAGUGGUGACACUGAAGAAGGCAGUAAAUCCCUAAAAGACUAAAGAAAAGAAGGGUAAAGAAACAGUUUUUGUUAUUCAAAAAGAGAUGAAAGUCAUGAAAGUGGAAGGACAAGCAAACAAAUAAUGGAAGGACUGCAUUGAUACUUGUAUAAACCACUGAAGAAAUACAGCCCAUCAUCAAUUAGGAUUAUAAAAACUGUUGUCGAGUAUUAUUUUAGCUUAUUUUUGAGGCAUUAUUUGAAAGUGAAACUG